GAGGUGGUCACAUGCCAAUUUUAGAUAAUCGCCAUAUUAGAGCUUGUUGUAUCGAGGUCCAGGUCCAGGCUAAUCUACAAUUAAUGCCCAAGCCCUGAAGAUGGCGACCACCAAUAAACAGCACGAUGUUUACUCCGCUGCGUAUGGCGGCUCUGAAAAUGACGUGAACUACCCACACUUUGAGUUUGCACAGAUCAAAAAUCUUUCGGCGACUCCUCACGGGCGGUCAAUCAGCAACUUCAAGCCAGAAGAAUGGCUUUCUAUGAAAGAAAUUCGCACAUGGGCGUCCGGCAAAGCAAAGAAAGCAACCAAAGACAAUGAUCACAACAAGCUCUACAGGGAUAUUGUCGAUCCAUAUGAGAUCCGUGUACUUGAAAUCAAGCCUGGAUGCAAUAAUGAAAAGCUACGCGGUUCUUUGCAUCAUUGCUCAGUCGAGUUUGAGUACAAAGCCGUCACGAACCAGUCUGAAAUUCACAACACAACAAAAACAACACACGCGCUUUCUAUGGAAAAUCUAACAACACCAAUUUGGUAUACAGCCCUGAGCUAUACUUGGGGCUCAUCCAAUAUGGAUGGGAGUAUUGAAUGCGAUGGACACGAACAAUCGAUCACGACUUCUCUUGAGAUAGCACUGCGAAACAUGCGGAAGAAAGAUCAUUCUAUCGUGAUGUGGAUCGACCAGAUUUGCAUCAAUCAAGAAGAUAACAAAGAAAAAGAAAUGCAAAUUCCGCUGAUGGGAAGAAUUUAUAAGCACGCAUUUAACACGGUAAUCUGGCUAGGGCGAUGGGAGUCUAGUUCCGACUCUGCAGUACAGCUUCUCAAAAACAUUAACGUCACAUUGCAAUUUAUCCAAGUAAAUAUUGAUUUCAAAAAUUUCGAGAGAAUGCAAUUACCAAGAUCCGACUCGGAGACCUGGCAUGCUCUCUGGAGAUUUCUCUCCCACCCAUGGUUUACGCGGCUCUGGAUUAUCCAAGAGGUCAUGCUUUCUAGCAACCCAUGGAUCAUGUGUGGUGACAACCUACUCAUGUGGGACGUAUUCUCAAGUGCUGUCAACCACCUAUCGACAUGUGGAAUAUUUCAAUGGCUACAGGCCAAAUUUGCUAUUAUUGAGGACUUAAGUGAUUUUGGUGAUACCAGCCAAACAGUGUUGGAGCUGACUCGUCAGCGCGAAUUCUAUCGCAUGGCCAGUACCAGGAUACACAUCUUUGAAAAUCUUGUAAGUACACGAGGUGCUCAAUGCUUUGAUCCACGAGAUAAGAUUUAUGGGCUUCUUGGAGUAUGCAGAGAUGCAGACAGAUUUGAUAUCAGGUACACUGAUUUUACUGAGCACCAACUCUACCACGAGGUAGCUAUACGAGCUUUAACCGGAGACUUACAAACUCUUACUCCGAGCCGGUUCUUUAAAUCCAUAGACCAUGAGUCUCUUGAUCUACCAUCCUGGGUGCCUGAUUGGAGAAAGCGCCGACAAACGAAUGAACUUGGGAUCUACAAUACCAACGGGUCUUUCAAGAUUAAAUUGAACAGAGUAUAUGUUACAAUUAACAAUGAAUCUAGGAACGAGCUUCGAAUGCGAGGGAUUUCAUUUGAUUCUCUAAUCAAAACCAGCGUAACGAUCACACAUCCCGAUCUUACUUAUCUCAACCCACACGCCGACAACAAAAGUCUCUUAGAACUUUGGACUUUCGUCUCCAAACUAGAACAUUAUCCAAAUUCUCAUACAGUCUUCUAUGCUUUUUGGCAAACCCUCGUAGGGAGUAAGACCGACUCCGGAAAGCUCCCAUGUCCAGAUUCCUUUGCCGAAAUUAUCAGUCUCCUCCUCGAUGCGUCUACGGGUCAAUCUCCAUCGCUAUCAGGCCAAACUUAUUCACCGCGACAGCAAAAGCCCCAUGGAAAGGGCAGGCUAGAACUAGGCAGUCUCGCACAGAGAGUGCCAGGGCAAACAUUCGAGGAGGUGCGGGAGGCCAUGAAAUUUGUGCUCAAGAAUCGUAAGUUGGGAAUCACGGGAAAGGGAUAUUUUGGAUUAUUCCCCCGUUAUGCGGAAAAAGGUGAUAUGAUAUAUGUGAUGGAUGGCUGUGAUGUCCCAUAUUUGCUAAGAGAGGCUGAUGGGGAGGGUAGGUUUAGGUUGGUGGGUGAAUGCUAUGUUUUUGGGAUAAUGGAUGGAGAGGCUGUUAAGGGAGAGAAAGUUGCUUUUGAGGAAACUAUCCUGAUUUAGAUCUGAGAUGGGAUGGUUAUGAGGAUACUCUGAGCCAAUCGCUGCUCUCCAAACAUUGUGUGAAAUCCUGAAGUUCGCCGACAUUCUACUCAGCUAUAUGUAGAGCCUUAUAAUGAACUUGAAUUAUUUGCA